AUGGCAAAAAUCGGCGUCCUUUGCCUAUUUGCCUUGGGUUUUCUUGCUAGUUUUGCAACGAUCAUCCGCCUUGUAUACUUCGCUUCCAACACUAGCACCAAGGACUACCUAAAUAACGCUGCCACUCUGGGCAUGUGGACGUUUGUGGAAUUAGGCAUUGGCAUAGUAGGCAGCUCUAUCGCCACUUUGAAACCCCUGUUUCGCAAGUCACUGUUCAGCAGUUGUUCAUCACAAGCCGGACGACCAAGUAAUAUGGGUGGUUCGGCUCAGUCGCACCAGCUAGACGACUAUACGCAUAGCUAUAAGUCUGCACGUAUUUCAGCACUUAAGCAAGAAGAGGCAGAGUACUCUAAGAGGACGUCGGAUGCGGAAAGCCAAAUACGUAUGCUAGAAUAG